AUGGAGCCCGUUCUUUCAGUGGGAAGGGGGCCCUCACGAGUCACCCGCCUGAGGACGCGGCUCUUCCCCGGUCUUGCACAUCCAGAGAAUGCCGAAACAGUCAUCACCUCGGAACCCCCAAUUGCCUUCGCAGGCCCGAAGGUGCUGAUCUGUCGCAGACGCACUGGCAGUUCAACACAGACAACCGGCCCACUCAAAGCCAUUCAAACUGCUUUCCGCAAGAUAACGAGCAAACGGCGACAAGUAAACCAAGUGCAGCAACAUCAGCUCGCAAUCUCAGUCGACCCAACGUUACAAACUGAGUCGCUGUCCAACGCCUCUGACCCGCCGUGUGAGAGGUUUGCGCAGGAGCAGGACCUCGAGACCGUACCCUGUGACGAUUGCAAUCAGAGCAGUGCUGAACGCAAGACAGGUGCAGUGGCAGAACCACAGAACAACUCUCCUGCUGCUACGCCCACACCAGCUACAACACAAGGCAUGAAGAAAGGUUUCGCGCUACCCCAUGACUGCCCAACGAUCAUAGAAGGGGAAGAGUGGGGCUCUGGGGAGUGCAGCGAACCGGAGGAAGUACUCGCAAGGCCUAAUAGCUACACACCAACAUCAGCAGUUCACACAUCUGUAGCAGAAGCCGCAGCCGCACUUGCUACAUUAGAAACAACGGAGAUUCAUAUGCACACUCCCACACUCGAUGCUGCCUUCCUUCAGUCGGGGGCGCUUUUAGAAAAGGGAUACCACAGCUGCUCAGCCCAAAGAGCACACAAGAACUGGCACGCAACUCUGAUUGCUCCCUGGAAAGCAAGCAAAACGAACCUGUCUCAGUUGAGUGCUUCCCACUCUGACCGCACUCCUGAAGUAAUUCAUGAGAACCCGAAGUGCAGCUACUCACAAGACGUACAGCUAGCGAGUGGGCAGCCCAACAGAGCGUUUCCUGCGCCUGCGCAAGGCUCCUGUCUCCCAGGACACUGGACCGAUGCAACAGGUCGAGCAGAGAAGACGACUGCUGCUGCAGCGGUGCCCCGUAACUCUUCCACAACUCAUGCACAAGGACAAGGACCAAGGCAACGAGACGGGGAGAGAAACGGUGUGGGUUGUUCUUCGGUUAUUGCCAGUUUCAUGGAGAGGGUGGUUUCUAUGAUAGAGGGAUCUGCCGCUGUGUUGAGCUCUUGCGGAACAGCAGACAUCAUUGAUGAGAGUCAACUGGUGGUCUCAAGUGGCCGCAUUGCCCGGGCCCGUCAGGCCUUACAGUCCGCCCCUAGAAACAACGCUGCAGCUAUUCACAGCAGAGGCGCCCCCAGCCUCCAAAUGCAUCAACAAUCAUGCGGAGGUUGUGAAGAUACAAAUGUACCAAAUGGUCACUCUGUUCCUGCCCAAGUCAAGCCGAACUCAGCUAGAGAACCAGAUCAUCAAAGUUGUAGUUCAGGCGGAGAAAAGAAAUGGGAAGGCAAAAGCUGCGACGGAAACCAGGAGGAAAAGCUCCAAGAAGACUCCGUCAAAAGACUAGAAGAGAAGUUCCCUGGAGUUCCAGAAGAGUUUUCCUGUGCAGAUAAGCAAGAAAAAGAAGAAAGCGGCCUGUCGAGCGUCUAUCCGGGUGUUUCGCAUAAAGAUUCGACUUCAGCAAAAGUUAAUUUGCCAGACGUUUCACUGGAGGAAAUCAAAAAGCUUGAUACGCUGCCAGAGGCCGCCAUGAUGAGGCUACGUGGCACAUACAUCAUGGCGUGCACCGCCGAAUGCGCUCGCUUGCACAUUCAGCAUUUUGAAAGCAACAAGGCGGAAGUAGUGAAUAUAGCGCGGUGUACAACGACUUUUGCUGGCCUUGAUCAAAUCAAGCAUUCGAAAUAUCACAAUACGUGGGACCAGCGGCCAUCUGCAGCACGUAAGGCUGUCUCAAAUGAAUACCUUGACGCAGCCACAAAGACAGGCCGGUGCAACGCUAGAGCAUGCAGCAGCAAUCAGAAACUCUUAGUAGAGACUGCAGCAAAUGCAUCUCUUUGGGGCCUGUCAUUUAUACCUGCAGAGGACGAAACGGAAGCAGUGUCUCCCCUUCCUCCUCCUCCUUCUCCUCGGGCUGAAAAACGCACGACAAAUGGAAAUUUGAGUUUAGGCAGCUUGGCAUGGUUUUCCAAUGGAACCUAUUUCAGCUGA